AUGCUGCCCGGGGACGAAGCAAACUUGAUCAUCCGCCUGCUUUUAAGGAAGAAGAGACUCGAUCCCAACGUUGCCGACCAUCAGGGCUGGACUCCGCUCGGCUGUGCAGCCCGCCAGGGCGCGUCAAGACGGUGGAAUGGCUGCCCCCGCGACGAGAUAUCCAACACCGGCCAUUUCCGAGUGGUUCAACGGCUCCUAGAGUUCCGAAAUAUUGACAUUAACCAAGGAUGGGGAGGAUACCUGUCACCACCGUUGGCUGCCAUCGUUGCAGGCCACACGGAUGUGGAAUCCGCACUGUCUGUAGCCGCCGGCUACGGGAACCCACGUGCAGGUGGUCGACGCCAUCCUGCGCGACGUCGGACGGACCGAAACAGCAUUGACGAUCAAGGGCGCACCGCUCUGUGGUGGGCGGCCUAUGAAGGGCAGACGACGGUUGUGGGACGGUUACUCGAGGAUACCGAUGUCCAAGUCGACAUCAAGGAUCACCAGGGAGCGGGCGCUCUAGAGGCCGCGCGUAGCCAACAUCGUUUUGGUGUCAUAGGUCUCCUGACGGCUUACCGAGUGGGUCAUCGCCGCGACAACAUUUUCCCAACCCGAUCUGUCCAGCCGGUGAUUCUCGUACGACUCAGCUCUCUCAAGUCACUUUGGCUGGAACCAGUGACUUCAUCGGGACUACUCGAAGGCGGAGUAUCAGGAUGGAGCCAGCUCCUGCAGAGAUAG